UAAGAGCCCAGCUGCCCACCCACAGACUAGUGGGUGACUCAGGAGUACCCUCUCCAUUUCUUACUCUGACUUUUGUCCGAGCGCAUCUUGUAUGCUAUGGGAAAUUCCCUAAGCAAAUUGUUUUCCUUUAUCUGCCACAGGGUCUGGCAGCGGUGGCAACCACGACGGUCUCCUCUUGUCCAUGCGGACUUUUCGGCUGGCCGGCUUCACCCCGCAGCUCCUGCGCAUGUGCCUGCCCCGCGAGCCCUACAAGGUUCCCGAUUCCUCUUGUUCCCUCCGCGAGGUCUUGGGCCUUAUUUUCCAUCGAGCUCCAAUUUCACCAGGAACUCGAGCGCCCUACUGCGGGAUCUGCCUCCUCUUGCCUGGAGCCCGCCCUCAAGGAAGAAACCCGUGCUACGCCACUUCGCACGCGAGGGACCCGUGAAGAUCCCUCCUCCAAGCCUAACGUUUCCACUCCGACUGCCUCCCCUGCAAGUGCCGGCCCCGAUCCUGAAGACCGCGGUGAGAGCAGAAGAUGGUGAAGAACCCAUGGAGGUGGACAAUCAAGUAGAGAUCCUGAAGACGGCGGUGAGAGCAGAAGAGGGUGAAGAACCGAUGGAGGUGGACGAUCAGGGCCUUGGAGUGCCCAGCGCACCCACCCCUGCAGGAGGCGUCCUUCCCUUUGGGAAGCCUGACCCAGCUCCAGCAGCGCUCCCUGGCCCAGUUCCCGGCUGCUCCCAUUGGCCAGACAAGGCGGCCUCUCUGGUACUGGGGAAAGACCACCAGCCCAGCUCCUCAGCCAAGCCGAUGGAGUGGGAGGCGACCCAGCACAAGGAUCCUCCAGCUGUUGCCACAAAGGGUCCUUCUAAACCAAGGGCUGCCAGCCGCAGUUCGCGACAACCAAAAUGGUUAGUGCAACCCCAGCAGCUGCGACUGGUCCCUCCGCAGCAAUGGAGGUGGGGGAGAAACGAGGGGCCCCCACCCGCUAAACGUCCCCGCCGAUCCGUGAAAGGAUUCAUGGACACCGGCAAGUCAAGUCGAACAACAUCACCCAGGAGACUGAAAAAGAAACAUGGGAAGAAAUUACAGUAAACUGCAAUGCCAGCCCGCCUGCCCCAAUGUCUCCCCACCUGCUCUCCCUGCCCCAGGCCACCUACCUGUCACAGAUCCCAACUCCUCCUCCUACUUCUGACUUUACCCAUGUGGCUGCUGGGCCCCUCAUCCUGCCCGCCCCUUAGCUUUUGACCACAUCAAGAAUUGAGUAAAAAUUGAUAUCUAUGGCUAGGCACAGUGGCUCAGGCCUGUAAUGCCAGCACUUUGGGAGGCCCAGGCGACUGGAUCACCUGAGGUCAGGAGUUCAAGACCAGCGGACCAACAGGAAGAAACCGGUUGCAUCUGUACUAAAAAUACAAAAUUAGGGCCGGGCACGGUGGCUCACGCCUGCAAUCCCAGCACUUUGGGAGGCCGAGGUGGGUGGAUCACGAGGUCAAGAGAUCGAGACCAUCCUGAUCAACAUGGUGAAACCCCGGUCUCUACUAAAAAUACAAAAAAUUAGCUGGGCAUGGUGGCGCGUGCCUGUAAUCCCAGCUACUCGGGAGGCUGAGGCGGGAGAAUUGCCUGAAUCCGGGGAGCGGUGGUAGCGGUGAGCCGAGAUGGUGCCAUUGCACUGCAGCCUGGGUAACAAGAGAGGAACUCCAUCUCAAAAAAAAAAAAAAAAAAAAAAAGUCAGUCCUGGCCAAUCCCAGUGGCUAUACUUAAACAAUUCAUAAACCAAUGAGUGUUCAUACUGUGUUCAAAUAAGGCAAACGCGGAGCUGUAACCAAUCCAGCCAUUCUGUAUCUCCUUUCCAAUUUCCGUACGUUAAUUUCCUUUUUUUGUGUGUAAAUUUUCCACCAUAUGGCUGUGGCUGGGCUGGAUCCUCUGUGAAUCUGAUGUGAUUUUGGGGCUGCAAGAUUCAUGAAUCAUUCAUUGCUCAAUUAAACUCCUUUAAAUUUAAUUUGGCUGAAGUUUUUCUUUUAUCAAGUCCUAUCCUACUGGACAAAAGUAAGUAGCUGAAUGACCGAAUCUCUUCUUCUACAAAUUAUUUAUAUCAUACCUCGGAAUUUCUGAACACUAUAUUUAAAUUCAUUUAUGAUUUACCUAUUUUUAAUUUACAUUCAAUUUUUAAUCACAUAAAACCAUAGUGAUUUUCAAGGGAGAGGCCAAUGGAAUUUU